AUGCUGCGACCGAACGUAGUAUCCUACAAUGCAGCGAUAAGUGCUUGUGAGAAAGGAGGGGCUUGGGAGUAUUCCGUGGAGGUUCUGAAAGAGAUUGCCAGACAGGCACUUCGGCCAGACGGCACCAGCUUUAACGGGGCGAUUAGCGCAGCAGCACGGGGACGCCAAUGGCAGGUCUCGUUGGAGCUUUUCCAUGCCGAAGCAGGAGCUUUGAAACCUGAUCUUGUGGCAUUUGGAGCAGCAGUCACCGCUUGCGAGGCCGGCGGAAAGUGGGACUUGGCCUUGAGCAUCUUGGAGCAUGCAAAGGCGAUGAACAUUGAAUUGAACGAUGUGGUGUUCAAUGCAGCGAUCAGCGCAUGCGAAAAAGGCGGAAGAUGGCCUAUGGCGUUGAUGCUCCUUGAACAGAUGAAUUGCUUGACAGUUGAGGCGUCGUUGAUUUCCUUCAAUGCAGCCAUGAGUGCUUGUGCACAAGGCGGUCCCUGGUAUUUAACAUUGGCUCUUUUCGACUGUGCGCUUUUCUCCAAUUUGGACCCGGAUGAGUUUACGCUGAGCGCAGUUGUGGAUGCUUGUGCUCGGUGCGCUUUGACGGUCAGCAGUGGCAGCAAGCGAUUUCUCUUUUUUGCUUUUCCGAGCCUGACCUCACAGCCCUUGCAGCUGUCGCAUCAGUGCUUCCGGCGAUGUUCCACGCUUUCAGGCUCCGAAUCGUCCGAUGAUGCAGGCGAAGCGUCCCCAGCAUCAGUGACGCCCUUGACGAGGUAUUCAGCCUUGUCAUCCUUGUCGCCGGUGUCGCCUUUGACUCCGGCAGAAGGGCCAGCAUCCAGUAGUGAUUUGCCAUUGGCCGCCGCUUUAGCGGGGAAGCUACCAGCUGCCGAGGUGCAGCGAUUGAUGCGGGAUCAGCAGGGCUCCCGGCUGUUAGUGCAGCACCUGUCUGCCCAGUCGAAGGAGGCAUUGCUGAACGCAGCACUGCCACGUCUCGUCCGCUUAUCUUGUCACGAGCAUGCCUCAGCCGUGCUGUUGGAGUUGUUGGAGGGCGGUGAUGAGCGCUUGGGUGUCGAGUUGGCGAAGCAGUGCCAAAAUGCUGUGCUGAAGCUUGCACGCGACAAGUUUGGUUGCCGAAUCUUGCAGCGUGUGUUGGAGGUGUCAAAUAGGGAAGUACAGCGUCAGCUGGCCAUUGAAAUUGAAGGCGAAGUCUUUGCGUGCAGUCGCCACAUGCACGCGAACUUUGUGCUGCAGAAGUGUGUGCAAUUGCUGCCUGCCAGUGGUGUGGGUUUUAUCGUGCAAGGCAUCGAGGCGCAUGCUGUUGAGGCUGCUCAGCAUCAGUAUAGCUGCCGCGUGCUGCAACGACUAAUCGAGCAUUGCACGCACGAGAAGCUACGAACACUCUUGGACAAUUUGCUGAAGGAGGUGCCGCGCCUUGUAAAGGAUACCUAUGGGCACAAUGUGAUUCGUGCAGUUUUGUCCUACGGCGAACCUGAUGACCAGCGAGUCAUUAUCCGAUAUGUCCGCGGUCAUAUUCUUCAAUCAGCCCGCAAUCGACAAUCGAGCUUAGUUUUGGAGAAAUGCCUCGAUAUCGCCACAGGCGAACUUGAAGAGGAGCGCCGCGCCCUGCUUGCUGAGCUUUUGUGGGGCGAUGGACCUCCUUUGUUGGGGAUAUUGUUGGACCGCUUUGGCAACUACAUCGCGCAACGGGUGAUUCACCUCAGCAGCGGUCCAGAAGAAGUACGAUUGCAGGAGCAGAGCAGAUCAAUGAUGCGCAUUGUGAAGAUCAAGGUUGUGCUGAUUCCUUUGUGGUGGCUGAUGUCCCCUGCGAGCUUGCGGCGCUUGAUGACAAGCUCCGUGGACGCUCGACACAGCGAGACGGCUGCCCUGCCGAACCCGCCGCCACAACCUGCCUCUCGUAGCACGAGAGCAGAGGUGGGCCCUGAGGCUGCCACGGGUUCUUGGCCGCUAUCAAAUGGAUCGCCAUUUGUGCGGCACCGCCCUGCAAACAUGCAAUUGAAUCGAUCACAGUCACUCCAAGGAUCCACGGCUAAGGUGCAAAGCCUUCCCGUGCAGGAGAAGCAUUUGCCUAACUUGUUGGAGCACCAGGUUGCUGGCAACAAGUUGGAGCCGAAUCAGACGGUGUCACCAGGACUUCCUUCACAAGGCGGCGUUGCAGCCUCUUCAUCGUCUGGCUAUCCGAAUCCUCGGCGCUGA